CAAAUAUAUUUAGAGUUCAUAGGAUGUUUAAUAAACCAAUCUAACAUUGACAUUAAUAAACGUGGAAUAAAUGGUAAAACCCCACUACAUUGUGCAAUAGAACUAGAUGAGAUAAGCUUGGUUGACCUCUUACUGAGCAAGAAAGACAUUAAUCCGCUUGCAACUGAUGAUAAUAACAAAAGUGCUCUGGAUUAUGCAAAAAAUGAUGGAAUAUUACAGGCACUAAUCAACCAUAAGUACGGAUCAGAGGAAGAUAGCUUACUUCACUUAGCUGCAAUAUUGAACGAAGAAAAUGCAGUAAGGUUUUUGCUUAAAAAUGGUGUUGAUGCAAAUGUACAAAAUGCUCUUCUUCACACACCACUACACUUAGCAGCUGGAAUGGGGCAUGAAAAGGUAGUAGAAAUUUUAAUUAAGGAAGGAAAAACAGACAAAGAUGUUUUAGAUAUCAGAAACCAUACACCACUGCACUAUGCGGUAAAUAACAAGAAGCUAAGAGUAGUAAAACUGCUCUCAAACUUAGGUGCAGAUGUAAAUAGAAUUGGUAGUGGUAAAAGUGCAAUGAGGCUAUCUUCUUUGCAUAUAGCGGUAAAUAACACUAAUUAUGACGAGAGGGACUUAUGUCUUGAUAUAGUAAGAUGUUUAAUCAACGCACCAAAUGCUGAGAUUAACCUACAAGAUUAUGAAAAGAAGACACCACUACACUAUGCUGAAAGGGUAAAGAAUGUAGAAGUACUGCUUGCCAGAAAAGAUAUAGAUCCCUUGAUGAAAGACGAUGACGGAAAAACACCAUUUUGUUAUGCGAGGGAGGAAAAUAAGUCUGAAGUAGUAGAGAUUUUAAUAAAGAACAAAUAUGGUCCAGAUAAGGAUAAUAUACUCCAUCUAGCUGCAAAAAAGGGAUAUGUAGAACUAAUAAAUAGCAUUUUAGCUGAAGGA